ACGGUGGACCUUCGCCAGCCUUUGCUUCCCUUCCCAAGCGGACAUCCCGCGGAUCCUCGAUGCACCUUCCUUCUUUGAAAUCCUGUAUAUAUAGAUAGCUAUACGUAAUUGAGCAGAGUAGUGUGGUCUCAACUCAGAGGACUCUCGUCCAUCAAACUCGGAGAGAGAGAUGGAACUGUACAUUUUGCUCAUCUGCAUCUCAAUUUCCUGGUUCUUCUUCUUCUUCUUCAACCCAUUGCACCGCCGCUCCUCCGCCAAGAAGCUGCCGCCGGGUCCAGCUGGACUUCCCCUGAUAGGCUCCCUCCACAGCCUGGGCCCCCGCCCAAACCAAUCCCUCGCCGAACUCUCCAAAAUCUACGGGCCCAUCAUGACCCUCAAACUCGGCUCCGUCACCACCGUCGUCGCGUCCUCCGCCGACGCCGCCAAAGCCAUCCUCCAAACGCACGACCACAGCUUCUCCGGCCGCCCAGUCCCGGCCUCCGUUGCCACCCAGCCCAACCCCGACGCCACCAUAGCCUGGGUCCCCCCCGACAACUCCUGGCGCACCCGCCGCCGCAUCUGCGCCACCCGGAUGUUGAACGCCCAGAAGCUCGACCAGCUCCAGCACCUCCGCCAACGGAAGGCCCAGGAACUCGUCUCCCACAUAAAGCGCCACGCCGUUUCGGAGGCUCCAGUGGACAUCGGGCGGGCGGCUUUUGCAACGACUCUGAACUUGAUGUCCAACACCAUUUUCUCGAUCGACAUGGUCGGCCCGGACUUCGAUUCGGCACAGGAGUUCAAGGACCUUGUCUGGACCAUCAUGGAGAACGCCGGGAAGCCUAACUUGUCUGAUUAUUUUCCGGUGCUCCGGCGGCUUGACUUGCAGGGACUGAAACGGCGUAUAAGACCUGCGUAUAGGAGGCUUCAUGAAAUAUUUGACGAAAUUAUUGAGAAGCGCUUGAGAGAGAGAGAUUUUGAUCCGGUGAACGGUAAAAAAGGAGACUUCUUGGACGCUCUUCUGGAUCAAUGUGAAGAAGAUGGCUCGAAUUUUAACUCCAUCACAAUCAAGCCCGUGAUACUGGACUUGUUUAUUGCUGGAACCGAUACAUCUGCGAUAACAACGGAAUGGGCAAUGGCGGAGCUUCUUCGAAACCCAAAUAUUCUGGAAAGAGCAAGAAACGAGAUCAUCAGAACCAUCGGAGCCGACCGGCAAAUGCAAGAAUCUGACAUAGACCGUCUUCCAUAUCUCCGGGCUGUCGUGAAAGAGACGAUGAGGCUCCACCCACCCAGCCCCCUUCUCUUGCCCCACAAAGCAAGAAGCGAUGUUGAAUUGCUGGGCUUCAUCGUGUCGAAGAACACUCGGGUAGUGGUGAACGCGUGGGCCAUUGGAAGAGAUCCCAAGCACUGGGAGGACCCUUCCUCGUUUUCGCCGCAAAGGUUCUUAAACUCUAGUUUGGACUAUAAAGGCCGGGACUUUGAGUAUAUUCCUUUUGGAGCUGGCCGGAGGAUAUGCCCUGGCAUGCCGCUGGCCAUUCGGAUGGUCCAUUUGAUGUUGGCUUCGAUUCUUCAGUCCUUCAACUGGAAGCUACCUCCGGGAACUAUGCCGGAGAAGAUGGAUAUGGAGGAGCGGUUUGGAGUUACAUUGAAGAAAGCUGUUCCCCUCCUUGCCAUUCCUGUGAUGGAAACAAAACUUUGAUUAUUAUAUGUAUAGAAAAUUCUAAUUUGAGUGUGUUUGAUUGCAUUAUCUA